AUGGUAUUAUACAGCUUUUCACAGCAUGGAAACAAAAGAGUUGAAGGCAAUGAAGGACCUGGAAGUGAUGUAUUGACAACACCCAUUUCAAAGGAUCUGUGUCUGAAACCAGAAUCGAGGAGUUCUGGGAAAGUUCUCAACAAGAAGAGAAGCUAUGCACAGUUCCAUUUGGACUUGGGUCAAUCUGAUUUCAAUUUCCGUACAUGUUCCGCAUGUGGGGUUAAAUAUGCUCCUGGGGAAGAAGAGGAUGAGAAGAACCAUAAAACAUUUCACAGGAAUUACACUCACGGGAAUGAAAGGGUCGUUCAUAUGCCUUGCUCUGAGUUGGGGCGCAUUGUUUUGGUGUUAGGCAGUUACUCUCCUGCUCAGAGAAAUAAGGUACAGGAGGUUGUAAAGAUGAUGGAAAUUGAACUUGGUGGUGGAUGGAUUUUUCAUAAGCUCUGUAAGGCAAGAGGUUUCUUGACAAUUAUCAAAUUUUUUCUCAUGUGGGCUUUGGUGUAUCUAUUUAUAUCUUCUCAGAGAGUUGCUGGUUGUCUAGUUGCUGAACCAAUAAAAGAAGCAUUCAAAGUCCUUCCUUGUUCAGUGGAUAAAAGAUCUGAUGCUACUAAAAAGAAUUCGAAAUCAGAUUCAACCACUCUUCGAUUUGGGGAAAUCAAAUUGCAGAGGGAAACCACAAAAAAAGCCCCCACUGUCAAUUCUCUUGAAGUGUUGGAUAGGAAGAGCAAUGGAGCUAUUGUCUGUGAAGAGAAAGCUGUGUCCGCUAUUUGUGGCAUUAGAGCAAUCUGGGUCACUCCCUCUAACAGAAGAAAGCGCAUUGCCGCCCAGUUACUGGAUGCUAUAGCAUUCUCCCCACCAACGUCAGCAGGAAAGGCAUUAACAUUCAGUUAUACUGGAACUGCAUCAUUCAUGGUGUACAACCCUAAUGCUGUGGACAGUUGA